AUUCUGGGCUUCAGUUCAGUCGCGCAGUGGAUCCGCUAUAAAUCAUAGAUUUGCAAAAUAUUGCGUUAUAAAGCAAGUAGAUCGUACUGAACGGGAACUUCGGUGUGACGGUGAUAGUUGAAAAGCGAGUGAUACGAGUGAUAUCGGCUACCAAAGCAAGCUAGGGCCCCGCGAGAAUACCCUUCACGAAGCGUGACAAACUAGAGAAAAGUUUCCACGUGUGGAAAUUUCGCAUUUUUCUGCUUGGUCCCUCAAGCGAGAAGCAAAUUACUGUGCAUGCAUUGCUGCUGGAUUGGUGUUUGAUUCUGCUGAAAGGAAAAUGUUUAAUUUCAGUCAUCGUUGUUGAUCCGGUUCGAUAUUUGCGACGUUUCGGAACGAGAAAGCUGCUGGGCCACGGUAUUGAACAUCGAUUCGAACACCAUCGGGAGUGACGAAUCCGCAGCUGCAAAAAAUCUCUAAAAUCUGCAGCAAGUGGGUGGUGUAUUGUGUGAGCUAGGUUUUUUUUUUCUUUUUUCGGGUCGACCUACGCACUUCGGUUCCUCCGAAACUCAAGAAUAGCGGGAGAGAAAAUGGGAAGUGAAUAAACUUCAGUGGAAUGAAGUUUAAAUAUUGACUUUUUUGUUUUGACAAGCUUCAAUUGUGAUCUCUACUAGCUGUUGAUCAACAGGACGAGUUACAAUACGUCUCAGUCAUGAGUUCCACCGUCGUAACCCGUCGGGGCGCCCAGAAAUCCAAAGUCAUAACCCGAUCGCAGCAGGCAGCCGUCGAAGCGGAAGACGCGGAACGGAAAUCGAAAUUCUACGGACGGAAACCCGUUAGUAGCACACUCGCGGAAGCGAAGAAACGAGGCAAGCUGAAAAUGUCCUCACAAGCAGCGGCUGGUGGUCACGUGGGCUCCGAUGGUUUACCGCUGUCGGAUCAGAACGGAGUUCAGCUGAAAGACAUCUACAGCAAUGCGAUGACAGCGGCCGAGCUGAUUCGGGGUUCGACCGGACUGGUUUACGAUGAAAAGUUUGCCGAAUAUCGGUGCCUGUGGGAUCAGGGAUACCCGGAGUGUCCGGAACGGUUCACCCGAGUGUUGGAACGAUGCCGGCAGCUGAAGCUGGUCGAACGGUGUCAAAUGAUCGAACCGAGAAUGGCCACCGAGGCGGAAGUGUUGAGCAAGCACACUCCGGAACAGGUGGAAAUUCUAAAGGCUACCAAGGAGUUUCAAGAUGUGGAUGCACUGGAGGAGCUCAGUUCGCAUUACGAUGCUAUUUACAUACAUCCGUCCUCCUACGAUUGCUCGCUACUGUCGGCUGGAAGUACAAUCGAACUGGUGGAUGCGGUCGUGGCCGGACGAGUGCAGAAUGGGAUGGCCAUCGUCCGACCGCCCGGUCAUCAUGCCAUGAGAGCCGAAUACAAUGGGUACUGUUUUUUCAAUAACGUUGCCAUUGCGGCCCAGCAUGCUCUGGACAAGUUAGGCUUGAGGCGGGUGUUGAUCGUCGACUGGGAUGUCCACCACGGUCAGGGUACCCAGCGGAUGUUCUACAAUGAUCCACGAGUGUUGUAUUUCUCCAUCCAUCGGUACGAGUGUGGAUCCUUCUGGCCCAAUCUGCGAGAGUCCGAUUUCGAUUGCAUCGGAGAAGGCCCUGGAGUGGGGUAUAAUUUUAAUGUACCCUUAAACCGAAUAGGAAUGACCAACGGAGACUAUUUGGCUAUUUGGCAGCAGCUUCUACUUCCGGUGGCGAUGGAGUACCAGCCAGAACUCGUCCUGAUCUCCGCCGGCUACGAUGCAGCCUACGGUUGUCCAGAGGGUCAAAUGGAGCUUACACCGGCAUUCUAUCCGCAUCUGCUGUCUCCGUUGCUGUCGUUGGCACAGGGACGUGUUGCAGUGGUUCUGGAAGGUGGCUACUGUCUGUCAUCGCUGGCCGAGGGAGGUGCACUAACUCUGCGUGCUCUACUCGGUGAUCCCUGUCCGGUGUUGGUGGAAAAACUUCAGCCACCCUGCGAAACUAUGCAGCAAACCAUCCUCAACUGUAUUCAUUCCCACCGGCCGUACUGGAAGAACUUGCAACUGAACGAAACCUACGGUCUGGAAGAGGUCAACAAUGUUAAUCCGCAGCCAAAUUUUCAUCAGGUUACACAACUUUACAUUCAACCACCGCCGCAACCGGAACCGAUUCGCUAUGCCACCCGGAACUGCUAUCCACUGCAGAGCGACGACGAGAAGAAUCGGAUCGAAGAACGACUGACGAUGCUACAAAUCGCCACCAAUUUAAACUUUCCACCGACUCGGGUUUGCUACGUUUAUGACGAACGGUUGCUGGAGCAUCGGAAUCUACAUGAGGACCUCCAUCCGGAACAACCUCAACGGAUUGCGAAAAUCUACCAACGCCACGAAGAGUAUCGACUGUUGGCACGAAUGAAGCAACUUAAAUCACGACACGCAACCACCGAUGAGCUUUGUUUGGUUCACUCGCGGCAACACGUCAACCUGGUCCGCCGAACGGUCGAACGGGAAGAGAUGAAACAGGUGGCGGACAAGUUCAAUUCCGUUUAUUUCCAUCCGAAAACAUUCGAGUGCGCUACACUGGCCGCCGGAUCUGUGCUUCAGGUCGUAGAUGAAGUCCUGAAUGGGCUGUCCCGAAGUGGAGUCUGUAUCGUGCGUCCACCGGGGCAUCAUGCCGAGUCCGACCUGCCGCAUGGGUUCUGUAUUUUCAACAAUGUUGCGAUUGCCGCUCAGUAUGCCAUUCGAGAUCACGGCUUGAAACGGGUGCUGAUCGUCGACUGGGAUGUGCAUCAUGGCAAUGGGACGCAGCACAUUUUCGAAAGCAAUCCGAAGGUGCUGUACGUGUCCGUGCACCGUUAUGACAAUGGGACGUUCUUCCCGAAGAGUCGGGAUGCGAAUUUCGAUGUGGUCGGCAGUGGCGCCGGGGAAGGUUUCAAUGUUAAUGUUCCUUGGAACAAGAAGGGCAUGGGUGACCAGGAGUACGCUGCCGUAUUUCAGCAGAUCAUUCUGCCCAUUGCGUACGAGUUCGAUCCGGAGUUGGUGCUGGUAUCGGCUGGGUUCGAUGCAGCCAUCGGUGAUCCGCUCGGUGGGUGCAAAGUGACCCCGGAAGGGUACGGCUAUUUCACCCACUGGCUUUCUUCGCUGGCGAACGGUCGGGUGAUCGUCUCUCUGGAGGGAGGCUACAACGUCAAUACGAUAUCGUACGCGAUGACGUUGUGCACGAAAUCGCUUCUCGGCGAUCCGCUGCCGUUGCUUCAAUUGAACUCUCGCUAUAACGGUCCCAAUUCGGCCAGCCAGGAAACCAUUCGAAGUGUUCUGACGGUGCAGGAAAAGUUCUGGAAAUCGCUUCGCUUUAACAAAAAGCUUCCGAAUUUCUGCAGUGCAGCGGAACCGGACCUGGAAGGUGCGUUCAAUCGGCUCCAGCUGUCUUCUACCGAUACGUCCACGACCGGUUGUUCCACGGCAAGUUCUAGUCCUUCGAAAGAGCAAACCGUCGGACUGGUGCCUGGUGCUCCGUUCGAUGGAGAUGACCCGGCCGGAUCUAGAUCCAGUGGGAAAAUGACGACCAUCGCUGACGAUGGACAACAACCGGGGGGCAGUGCUGGCCGGUCCAGUGCUGAUGUAAAGAAAGAAACACUCAGAGAUUUCUUGGCUGCUAAUUUGGAGGCCUUACAAAAUGAAGAAAUGUUUGCCGUUGUGCCGCUUCGCGAUUGUCCCCAUUUGAAAGAGCUCAACCCUGACAAUAGCCCGGAAAAAAUCAGUACAAAAACACCCUGCGAUGGUUGCGAGUCCCCGCUGGAGAACUGGAUCUGUCUGCAUUGCUUCCGGGUGCACUGCGGUCGGUACAUCAACGAGCAUGCCGCACUGCACAGUCUCGAAGCGGACCAUCCGUUGGCGCUGAGCUUCAGUGACCUGUCGGUUUGGUGCUACCGGUGUGAGUCCUACAUCGACAAUCCGGUGCUGUAUCGGUACAAAAACCUCGUCCACGAGGAUAAGUUCGACGGUGAAUCGCUCGUGUGGUCGUACGGCAGUGAUCUGUUGCUGCAGGUCACGCCGGGUGCCCCGGCCGGAACCAAACCGAAGGAAUGAUAUUUGUUUCUGGCCAAGAUUCUCAUACGGCUAUUGAUCCUCUACCUAACCAACUACCUGGUGACUGCCUUCUUCAAAUAGGGACGCGUUCUACGGUUUUGGAACAUUUUUUUAAAACAGAAAUUCUUGUUAUAUUUAUUUAUUGUUAAACCCUUCUCGGCUGGUUGGCGCGUGGCUUUACGCGCGAAGUAUUAUUUUUUUUCAACGGACCGUUUGAGUCACUUUCUGGUAUGUAAGACGACGGAAAAACCUAACUUUUUUGUAUUAACGCAGAGGUCGCGGUUGUUUCCAGAAAACAAAUGUUUUUACUUGUUUAGAAUAUACAACAGCACGGAUUUUACAAUGCUAACCAAAGACACAUAAUUUAUAAACAAUAGAAACAUAACAAAUCAUUGACGUACCACCCCCGAAAUGAGCGCGCUAGUUGCUAAAAUCGAUUCACACAAUCGAAUUGUUGUUCGAAAUUAUUGGACCUCAAGUUGCAGACCUCAGUAUAAAAUAAAAUUAGAGACGGAAGUUGAUGACAGAUAGAAGUGUUUUACUCAAUUACAUUUGCUGGUUACACGGUGGCACCCGGAAAAGUAAAGUAGAAAUUUUGGCUUAUCGAAAUUCCAGAACCACUAUAGGAAUCGUUGGUAACUUAAUGAAAUUUACUCUAAUAAAAAAAAAUAAUACAAAAACAAGUUCUAACUGUAGUUACUAGUGAAAUGGAAA